AUGGUGAUGAUGACCGACACGCCCAGCGUCCUGUUCGUUUGCGUCCACAACGCCGGUCGCUCACAGAUGGCCGCUGGCUACCUCACGCACCUUGCAGGCGACGCUAUUGAAGUCCUCUCCGCCGGCUCGGCCCCAGCCGACUCUGUUAAUCCUAUGGCCGUCGAAGCCAUGCGUGAAGAAGGUAUCGACAUUGGCAAUCAGAAACCUAAGAUCCUGGAUGCCGACGCUGUCCAAGCUAGUGAUGUCGUGAUUACCAUGGGGUGUGGGGACGCUUGUCCCUUCUUCCCUGGUAAACGCUACCUCGACUGGCAGCUUGACGAUCCUGCCGGGCAUGGACUUGAUGCUGUCCGUCCGAUCCGCAACGAAAUCCGUUGCCGCGUUGAAAAGCUUAUUGCCGAGCUUCAGCAGGAAAAGAAAUGA